CAGCAUCCCAAGAUGGCCAUCUGCAUUUGACAAACCAUCCAUUGGCUGGGAGUCUGAUCAUCGUGACUUGCCGUCAGGAUGAGUGGGUGACAUUUACGGGUGGAAGACAAGAAGAGAAAAUGGCCCCGAUGAGUGCGCGCUUUUGUUGAAGCGAGCACGUGACCUGUCGAGAUCUGUUUGUUUGGUUUGUGUAGUUUGUGUUAUUUGUGGGUUUGCCUCAUUGAUAUGGCUCCCCUCCUGACAUCAUCUCCCAUCGUGCUAAUAUGGCAAUCUCACAGCUGAGUGCUGAGUUCGGCUCUGGUAUCGGGACGGGCCGCCUGUGGGACAUGCUUAUGGAUGUUGUAGAGUAUGUAGGUAUACGGUGGGAGGAGAUACAAGAGGUCUACAAACCGGUAUACCAUGGUAAGUGCUCUCAUUCUGCCGACGGUGCCCGCUCAUAAAUGGACUAUACAGUGCCAAUAGCAAUACUGUUCGUGACUGGUUGUAAUCUCCUAUGAUGGACCUUUCCCUUUUUCUGUUUUUCUUGGAUUUUGCAGAGAUCAAGUGGCCCAUAUGUCAAGGCAAUAGAAACAUCCAAUGGUUUCUACUAGGACCUCUCUCGCCGUCUCUCUCUGUCCCGAAGUACAAUAUAUGCGACGCUCACAUGAUCGCAGUAUCUGGUACACCGCUAUCUAUGGCCUGAUCAAGCCUCCCCUUAUUCUUUAUUCAUGGUGUGAAUACCUAAAACCCCAAAUCACAUCAUGAAUUGGACAGGAGGCCGUCUCCGACGCCAUUCCAAUCAAGGGAAUACCCAACUAUCCAACCGGAAGCAAAAGUUCCAGCAAUCAAAGUCGCGGUUCAAAGCCCGAGCGAACCCUCCAGAUCUGUCGCUCUUCACAGCUAACACCCAGCAUAUCCUCCGCCACAAGGAGACACAGAAAGAGCACGAUCGUGUCCCAAUCGCACCUCCAUGCUCCACUGCCCCCUCGCCACUCAAAACAACAACCCCCACUGACCUUCUCAAACAACAGCUACUUCAAAAGUCCGACUGGGCCGCUGUCUCAGCUGCCCGUCCGCUCCAAAUCUCAUUUGCCCCCGCAGAAGAGACAGGACGGUUCGGUAAACGAAGGAGACUGACGGACUCUGACCGGAAGAGACUGCGUUCUCACCAGUCUCGACCCGGAGAGACCCAUGUUGUCUGGAAGAGCCGACAGGAGGAUAACCUAUCAGACGCGGGUACGAUCAACAAAUUGGAUAUCAGAUUCAAUGGACAGCGACCACACGCUGGACGGAUGAGCAGCCAAUUGGCCGAUAAAGGGCUCGCUUCGUCUCAGCCAAUGCUUCUGGACUCUGGGCCGUUGGACACGCCACCCGAGAAUGAUAGGAAUGGGCAACUUUGGGGAGACCGGCCGCUGUCCCCAUUUCCAGGUCGGGAAUCUCUACGCUUUGACUCGCCUAACCUAUACUCCCCCUCGAGUCGCGGUACUAGUCCCCCCAUCGAAGAACAAGUGCUCCCUCCCAGACGACAUUUCACACUCGACGACCAACUCAUCGCCGAACAAGAAGGCAGACUCAACAUCCUCCAUUACUCGCAUCCACCCACAGAGGACCUCCACCAUGUAGACAACUACCACUACUCACCACCACAGGAGACAGAAGCAAACAGACAGGACCAAACCACCGGAGACACCCAGUCCUUCUCGGGCAACCACUGGCUCCCAAACCCACGCUGCACAAUCCAACGAGCGCUGCGUUCUAAGGCCCCACUCUCGACACCAUCAACAACCAGAUCUACUCUAUACGACCCCGCCCUGCAGGCCAACCCAACACCAACAACAACUAACCAGCAGGUCUCGCCCCCCACAAUAUACGGUCAACCGAUUAUUUCCCUCGACCAAGUCACUGCCCGAAACACCUCUCCUCUGCCGUGGAUCCUCAGCUCCCCGAACCUCAGUUCACAUGCCAGACGACAAAAACAACACGACACAGGCAAGGACUACCCCUCCGCCUGUAUUGCUUCCACAGAGUCUAUCCCCAGAGCAAGCAGUCCACAAUCCGUUAAUGAACUGGACUUCUUUUUCUCCCGCGGAGAUAUACUCCCGAACGCACAUCUCCCAAACUCACUACACGUCUUACCCAGGACUACCACUAUCGCCGCCAACAACAGCAACGAUCAUCCUUGGAUGCUCAGCUGGCCUACACGGCGAUGAAAUACUACUCGAUGCACCCCGUUUUUAACCUCUCAAAUAUUGAGAUAAUUGUGUUAGCCAUCUAAGCCAAGGAAGCGGUUCCCUUUUUCUUUCUUCUAUUUUUGUUGUCUUCUGUUCUUUCUUUCUUCAUUCUAAGUUUAAUCUAUCG